GCCUGCUGCGGCAGGUCCACGAGCUGCCGGGCCAGCUGGCGAGCUACGCGCUGGCCCACUCGCUGGGCCGCUGGCUGGUGUACCCCGGCUCCGUGCUCCUGAUGACGCGCGCGCUGCUGCCGCUGCUGCAGCAGGGCCAGGAGCGCCUGCGGGAGCGCUACCAGGGCCGGCGCGCCACGCUGGCGGCCUGCGACGGCAACGAGAUCGACACCUUGUUCAUGGACCGCCGCCAGCGGCCUGGCAGCCGCGGCCGGCGCCUGGUCAUCUGCUGCGAGGGCAACGCCGGCUUUUACGAGACGGGCUGCCUGGCGGCGCCGCUGGAGGCCGGCUACUCGGUGCUCGGCUGGCACCACCCGGCCUUCGGCGGCGGCACGGACGCGCCGUCCCCGUGGCGCGACGCCAACGCCGUGGACGUGGUGGUCAAGUACGCGCUGCAGUGCCUGCAGUUCCCGCCCGCGCACGUGGUGGUGUACGGCUGGUCCGUCGGCGGCUUCACGGCCACCUGGGCCACGAAGGCCUACCCGGAGCUGGGCGCGCUGGUGCUCGACGCCACCUUCGACGACCUCGUGCCGCUCGCCCUGAAGGUCAUGCCGCACAGCUGGAGGGGGCUGGUGGUGCGCACGGUGCGCGAGCACUUCAACCUCAACGUCAUCAAGCGAUGGGAACACCUGGCUGGCAGACUUCUGUCCCCUGCAGCCCCGGGGACCCGCGUGGCCUGCAGGUUGGCCACCCUUUCCCUCAACCCCCGGCCCGCCGCCCGCCCCCUCCCGUGCUGCAAGUAG